AUGCCUGAUAAGAUUUUAAGCGUUCUUAAGACAACUUUGCACGACCUUCUUUUGUUACUAGAUAUAGCUUCCGCUGAGGCACAGAACCAUCAGCUCAUUGAAGAAUCUGCCCAUAAGGUGGCUCAUGACUACUAUAACUUCGCAAAUGGCGUCAUUUCCAUCCUGCAGCACAGAGUGAACGAUGCCUCCGACGUUAGUCAUGGCCUCCACCUGCCGGACAACGCAGCGAUAGGCGUACCCAGCUUGUUCACGGGGAAGGCCGCACCGAUACUACGGGACAUAUAUUCCACAUCGUGCAAGAUCAAAUGCGCUGUGGUAAAGCGUUGGACACAAUGCGAAGAUGAUUCCAGUCACCACUUGGAUGGUAGGGAAUUUUCCUUACAGGGGCAGUUGCCGCUAUUACCCUUUGCCAGUGGCCAUGCGACAUCCAAGGCACUCAAAAAACUGUCGUUAGAUAUAGGAGGCACGCUCAUCAAGAUGGCCUACUGUUGCCAGUGCAACGACUGUGACGCAUUUUCACUGGUGUAUUGCGCCCAGCAUGCGCUUCAUGAUCUGCUUCAUUGUUUGGAGCGCCACUACAACAUUGACCGGGUUUCACAUUGCGAAGUUGACCGCAACCUUCGGAGGAUGCUGCCUACAAUGAUACGGCUCGACAGUGAUUCGAACACACAAAUUAACGCUACGGGUGGAGGAGCGUACAAGUAUGCCAAACUUUUCCGGGAGCGUCUGCCUCAAUGCCAGUUUCGCCAAAUCCCCGAAAUGCCUUGCGUGGUUGGGGGUACGGAGUCAAUGCACGACGUGCACAGUUGUUUUAUAAGAUACCACUUGCGUGAAGGGUACACGCAGUUAACCAGUGCCGUUUGCUAUCCGUACCUAAUCGUGAACAUCGGAUCCGGUAUAUCGAUACUAAACGUUACUUCCAAGGGAUGCUUCGAAAGGGUAACUGGGACUAGCAUAGGCGGCGCCACUGCGCACGGGUUGACAAACACACUUUUGGGCCUGGAAACCUACGAAGACUUCCCGAUUUUGUAUGAUAAAGGCACAAAUUGCAUGGACAGCUUCUCCCCAGCGCCUCCGGAAGCCACGGCGUCGUCGGACAGGCUAAAGGCUAGCGUCGAAGACGUUGCUCGCAGCACGAGCGACAUGGUAUCGUACAACAUUGGCCAAGUGGCCUUCCUUGUAGCGAGGAGUUACGGGGUGAAUCGCAUAGUGUUUACGGGAUCGUACACCACCAAUUACCGGAUGACGAUCGACGUCGCCGCGCGUGCCGUGGCAUCGAUGGCGGAAUCUUACGAAGUGGCUCCUAUGGAUGUACUCGUAUCCGUGUGUGGGUCAUAUGCAGGUGCCUUAGGAUGUUUGCUGUCGCCAUGA